CCAGUGGAUGAGGAUAAGCUCUAUCUUUUUUUUCUUCUUUCUAUCUCUCUUCAUUUAUUUAAUCAUAAAAAAAAAAUCAAUCCUUAAAUUUUUUUCUCUCUAGAAACUGUAUAUUUAUCAAGAAAAUCAUCACCUUAAGACAUAAAAGCUUUGUUUUCAUGUCUGAUUGUUCUUAGUUUUUUUUUUAUCUCUUCAAUUUGUUUGUUUGUUUUAAUUUGAGUUUAGUUUUGAUUUGGAAGAAAGAACUGUUAAAAAAUGUCGAUAGCAUUAGAGAGCAGUAUUAAUAGAGGAGGGAUGGCGGAUGUCAAACCUAGAGGGAUCGCGUGCGUUGCGUCGGCGGCGAUGUUUGAGUCGCCGGCGGAGAGAACGGCGGAUGUGAAUGAAUGUAGCAGCUCAUCGGCGGAUUCCUCGACGACGUCGUCGUCUGUUGGGAAGAAUAGUGAUGUGUCGUCGUCUUCUAAUGGCGACGAUUGUGAAGAGGAAAAUGAAGUGCAGAGUGCUUUUAAAGGGAGUUUUGAUGCUAUGGAUUCUUUAGAAGAGGCUUUGCCUAUAAGGAAAGGGAUAUCAAAAUUUUACAAUGGAAAAUCGAAGUCUUUCACGAGUUUAGCAGAGGCUUCAUCCUCUUGUUGCAUUAAAGAAAUUGCAAAACCGGAGAAUGCAUACACCCGAAAACGAAGAAAUUUACUGGCAUUCAGUCAUGGUUGGGAAAAGAAUCGAAGUUUCCCAUAUCGAAGCAAUGGAGGCGGAAUAUCAAAGAGAUCAAUUAGUACAAGCAAAAGUACGUUGGCGCUUGCCGUUGCUAUGAGCAGCUCGGAAAGUAUUACCAGCACAAGUGAUGAUUCUACCUCAAGCUCCAUUUCGAAGUCGCCUCCACAUCUGCCACCGCUCCACCCACGAGCACGAUCUUCGACUUACCAUAACAAUCUUGCUUUACUGCCUUCCCUGCAGCAAAACUCCUCUCCGUGGCGGUCAUUCUCUGUAGCUGAUUUACAACAGUCUGCCACUGCGUCUAAUAGAACUGAUCGCUAACUUAAAUCUUAGUUUUUAGUUUCCCAUGUUCAAUCAAGGUAUAAGCACGGGGUUGCUUGAGAAAAUGUAUUUUUCUUCUUCAGGCGGUGUAUUAAUCUGACUGUCGUCCCUUGUAUGUUAUGUUUUUGCAUAUAAAUGAGAAUGUUUGUAGAGUGA